AUGGCAUCGUCCAAUGACCAGAGGGUUGAGUUCCAGACCUUCCAAAACGUCAUCAACAACGAAUUGAGUCCAACCUCGAAGACUCGUCGUGGGAUUUGCCCCAGCACUGAGGAACAACUGUGGGAGUCACCCGUAUCAACGCAAGAGGAUGUCGAUCGUGCUGUAAGUGCGGCUAGAGCAGCCUAUCCUGCGUGGCGCAAGCUAUCACAGGAUGAACGCGCCGAUUAUCUUGUCAAGUUUGCCGAUGCUAUUGAAGCGCAUAAGCAAGACUUCAUUGACCUUCUUGGUCGAGAGGCUGGAAAACCACCUCAAGCUGGCGCGUUUGAGCUAUGGCUCGUCAUGGAACAUGUUCGGGGUACCCCAAAGCUUCGAAUUAAGGAGGAGAAGCCUGAAGAUAAUGACGACCGAACGGCGAUUGUGCGAUAUGUCCCCCUUGGUGUCGGUGUUGGUAUUGUCCCAUGGAACUUUCCCUUGAUCCUCGGCAUAGGCAAGGCUUUCCCCGCCAUGCUCGCCGGCAACACCUUUAUCUGGAAGCCUUCGCCCUACGCACCCUAUUCGGCGCUCAAGAUGGCUGAGAUUGGAGCCAAGGUUCUGCCUCCUGGUGUGUUCCAGGCUAUCAGCGGCGGAGACGACCUCGGACCUAUGCUCACAGCGCAUCCUGGCGUCAACAAAGUCAGUUUUACUGGAUCUACUGAAACAGGUAAAAAGAUCAUGGCUGCUUGUUCUGCCACAUUGAAGCGUGUCACUUUGGAGCUAGGUGGCAAUGAUGUUGCGAUUGUCUGUGAAGACGUUGAUAUCGCCACAGUGGCUGGAAAGGUUGCUUUUCUUGCUUUUGUUCAUAAUGGACAAAUCUGCAUGAACAUCAAGCGUAUAUAUGUGCAUGAGAGCAUUUACGAUAAGUUUCUAUCGGCUGUGAAAGACUUCUUGGAUAAUAUGAAGACUGGAGACUUCUCGGAUGCCGAAGCUUUCUUUGGACCCAUCCAGAACAAGAUGCAAUUCGAGAAGUUGCAGAAACUGUUUGGGCAGAUUGAGACACAAGGAUGGAAACGUGCUUAUGGUGACAUCCCAACAAAGUCAGAGAAGGGAUACUACAUGCCACCAGUUCUGAUUGAUAAUCCACCUGAGGAUUCUGAAAUCGUUCAAACGGAGCCUUUUGGACCAAUCGUCCCUCUUCUGAAGUGGUCUUCCGAGGAAGACGUUAUCACGAGGGCCAACGCAUCCGACUUGGGUCUUGGGGCCUCGGUUUGGAGUAAAGAUGUGCCUCGUGCGCGACGUAUGGCUGAGCAGUUAGAGGCUGGGAGCAUUUGGGUCAAUACGCACUUCGAAGUUGCACCCAACGUACCAUUCGGUGGACAUAAGCAGAGCGGAAUGGGAAUGGACUGGGGAGAGGUGGGCUUGAAGGGUUGGUGCAAUCCUCAGGCUUACUGGGUCAAACACUCUGGAUGCUGA